GUGUUUUCUCUCUCUCUUUUCAGUUCAGAUAGAUUUCCUUCUCCCCAUUUUCCCUCUUUUUUCUCUCUCUACUUUCUCCCUCUAAAUUUUCAAUUUUAUAUUUUCUGACAAUAAUAAUACAAUAAAGCUUUGCCCUUUUUCUUCCCCUUUCUCACUUUAUUUAUUGUUGUUGUCCUUUGGGUUUUAACUGUUUAAUGAAGAACUGACAUUGUCAAUUGAAUUUGUAAUUUCUCAACAAAAAAUGUCUCAGACUAACUGGGAAGCUGAUAAAAUGUUAGAUGUGUACAUUCAUGAUUAUUUAGUUAAGAGGGAUCUAAAGGCUACUGCACAGGCCUUUCAAACUGAGGGAAAGGUGUCAUCUGAUCCUGUUGCUAUUGAUGCACCUGGCGGGUUUUUAUUCGAGUGGUGGUCCGUCUUUUGGGAUAUAUUUAUUGCCAGGACAAAUGAAAAACACUCAGAGGUAGCUGCUUCAUAUAUUGAGGUUGGUCUGAGAAGUAGUAUGCGGACUCAAUUGUUCAGAGCAAGGGACCAGCAUAAUCAGACUCAGAGCCAGCAGCCGCCUAAUAUACAGCAACAACAGCAGUUGCAGAUGCAACAGAUGUUAUUCCAGAGGCAUGCACAACAACAACAACAACAACAACAGCCACAACAACAACAACAUCAGCAGCAACAACAACAACAGCAGCAGCAACAGCAACAGCAACAACAACAUCAGCAACAGCAGCAGCAGCAGCAGCAGCAGCAGCAACAACAACAACAGCAACAGCAGCAGCAACUACAGCAGCAGCAGCAACGACAACAACAACAACAACAACAACAACAACAACAACAACAACAACAACAGCAGCAACAGCAACAACAGCAGCAACAACAACAACAACAGCAGCAGCAUCAGCAUCCACCGCAAUCUCAAAGAAGAGAAGCUGCCCAUCUUCUCAAUGGCAAUGCUAGUGAGCUUGCAGGAACUGACCCUCUUGCUCGACAAAAUUCUGGCACUGCAAAUGCCAUGGCUGCAAAAAUGUACGAGGAACGAUUAAAAUUGCCCCCACAAAGGGACUCACUAGAUGAUACAUCAAUAAAACAGCGACUUUCUGAUAAUGUAAACCAACUCAUGGAUCAGAAUCAUGCCUCUAUGCUAAAAUCAGCUUCUGGUAGCCAGCCUUUAGGACAAGUAUUGCAUGGUUCAGCUGGUGGCAUGUCUCAGCAGAUGCCAUCUCGGAAUCAACAGCAGCUAGGGUCUGUUGCAGAGGUAAAGACUGAAAUGAAUUCUCGAGCUUCUGGACCUGAAGCAUCAUUGAUAGGAAUUCCUGGAUCAAACCAAAGUGGUAAUAGUUUAACACUGAAAGGAUGGCCACUCACGGGACUGGAUAAUCUUCGAUCUGGGAUUCUUCAGCAGCAAAAAUCAUAUAUGCAGGCUUCUCAGCCCUUUCACCAACUCCAAAUGUUGUCACCACAAUAUCAGCAGCAACUUAUGCUCGCCCAACAAAAUUUGACAUCAGCUUCUGCAAAUGAUUUGGAAAGCAGAAGACUCAGAAUGUUAUUGAAUAAUAGAAGUUUGAAUUUCGGGAAGGAGGGAUUCCCAAACUCUGUUGCGGAUAUGGUCCCAAACCUUGGAUCACCCUUGCAAGCUGGUUGUCCUGUUUUACCACGAGGAGAUCCUGACAUGUUAUUAAAGUUGAAAAUGGCUCAACUGCAACAGCAACAACAGCAAAGCAGCCACCACCAACAUCAGAUUCAGCAGAAUGGGCUUUCUGGUCAACCUUCUCAACUUUCAAAUCAAAUUCUUCAUCAGCCAGAUAAGAUUGGUGGAGCUAGUAGUAUUACAAUGGAUGGUAGCUUAUCCAACUCCUUUCGGGGAAAUGAGCAGGCUUCAAAAAAUCAGACAGGCAGGAAGAGAAAGCAGCCCAUAUCAUCCUCAGGACCCGCCAAUAGCUCAGGAACUGCAAAUACUGCUGGACCCUCUCCAAGUUCAGCUCCUUCAACACCCUCAACUCACACAGCUGGAGAUGUGAUGUCAAUGCCAUCCUUUCCUCAUGGCGGAGGCACUUCAAAGCCCAUGUUUAGCGCAGAUGCAACUGGAACCCUAACAUCACCAUCAAACCAGCUGGCUGAUAUGGAUCGUUUUGUGGAGGAUGGAUCGCUAGAUGACAAUGUAGAGUCAUUCUUAUCACCUGAUGAUGCAGACCACAGAGAUUCCGUUGGCCGUGGUAUGGAAAUAAGCAAAGGAUUUAUGUUCACGGAAGUUAACUCCGUUCGAGGGAGCACAGGCAAAGUAGUCUGUUGUCACUUUUCAUCAGAUGGAAAACUCCUUGCCACAGGUGGACACGAUAUGAAGGCUGUACUAUGGCAUGCUGAUACAUUGAAGCCCAAAACUACACUGGAGGAACAUACAAAAUUGAUAACUGAUAUCCGCUUCAGUCCCUCUAUGUCACGCCUGGCUACUUCAUCGUUUGAUAAAACUGUCAGAGUUUGGGAUGUCGAAAACCCUAGCUAUUCACUUCGUAAUUUUAUUGGACAUUCCGCCACUGUCAUGUCUCUUGACUUCCACCCUAAUAAAGAAGAUCUCAUCGGUUCGUGCGACGGGGAUGGUGAAAUCCGCUAUUGGAGUAUAACCAAUGGAAACUUUUCCAUGGUCUUUAAGGGUGGCAGCACCCAGAUAAGAUUCCAACCCCGUCACGGAAGGUAUCUUGCUGCAGCUGCAGAAAAUAUUAUAUCCAUACUUGAUGUGGAGACACAAGUUUGUCAGCACAGAUUACAGGGGCACACAAAGCAGAUUCAUUCUGUAUGCUGGGAUCCUUCUGGUGAAUUCUUGGCUUCUGUGAGUGAGGACUCAGUUAGAGUCUGGAGUCUUGGCUUAGGAAAUGAAGGUGAUUGUGUGCAUGAGCUGAGCUGCAAUGGAAACAAGUUUUACUCGUGUGCUUUCCAUCCUACGUACUCCUCUUUACUGGUGAUCGGGUGUUACCAGUCUAUGGAGCUUUGGAACAUGUCAGAGAACAAGACCAUGACCCUAUCAGCACAUGAUGGGCUCAUUGCUGCAUUAUCUGUAUCUAGCGCGACAGGGCUAGUGGCUUCUGCCAGUCAUGACAAGUUUGUGAAGCUCUGGAAAUGACUUUGUCAUUCUCCCAUAAGGUUACAGCGAUAUUUUCUGGUGAAUUUGUAACCUAGUUAAGCUUCAUCGGUUUUAGAAAUAACUUUGAACCAAACUUAGUGACUGGUAGCCUUUUUUGUAUGCUAACAUGUAACAUCCAGUGUAGACGUCUUUGUUCAAAAUCAUAUCAUAGUCGAAAAUACUGCAAAGAAUCACGAAUGUCCUACAGUAGCUGUUGUAACACUUUCGGCUUGGCUGAUACCUGUUGACUGUUGAGUUCUUGCUCUAGCGAUUCUGCAUUAGCUUAUUAUACUAGACAUCAAACAUGUGCGAAUA